AUGCACCUAUAUCGUUUGAAAAGCAAAGUUGAUCGGUUAAAGAUUGAAUAUCGCCACAAUCGCUAUACAAAUAAAAGAAAUCCAAGACUGAUCACUGGCAAAAUCCCCAACCAACCUUUGGUUUCAUUACGAACAAACCCUCACGACCUAUACAUGCUUGGUGAUCGCUAUUACGAAUUCAGAAGAGAUGAUGACCAAUUGAUUUGUCUCAACGAUAGAAUUUCAGAUAUGAAUAUCAACCAUAAAAGCUCGCUUCAUCGGUUAAUACAGAAUGACAGAUUGGAUACUUUAAAGGAAUAUCCAACUAUCAUAGAGCAUAGUGAUUUUCUCGAUAUUCUCGAGGCAAAUGGGGAGCAAAUCAAUCAAAUCAAUCAAAAUCACAGUGAAAACAAUUAUAAAAUAAAUGACGAAAAUUAUGAAAAUGGUGAAGUCUCAAUCGAUGAAGUCCCAAUUGAUGAAGUCCAAAAUGCUGCAAUAUUGGAAAAAGAACUGACGGCAAAAAAGUUUGGCACAAUUUUAGAUAACGGAAGAGAAUGUAUUUGCAGUUGCCAUGUUCAUCAUCCUCAUCCAACUUUUCAAAAAUUAAAAGACCAUUUGGAAUGUUGUUCGGAUUUAACUAUAACUGAUCAUCAAUCUGCAGACUUCAGAAUUGAAAACCACCAUUUUUCUCAACAUGAAAAUCAUGAAAAUCAUGAAAAUCAACAAUAUAAUCAAUAUAAUCAAUAUAAUCAAUUCAAUCAAUCCCAACAACCUCAACAAUUUCAACAACCCCAACAACCUCACCAUAAAUCAAAAAGACAAAGAUUAAGAUUUUCAAUAUUUAGAAGAAAAAAUAACAUAUUUUCUGCUGUUCCAUCUCCUAUUUAUGAAUGCAAUACAGAUUCUUCACAAAUAGAACAAUUGGAGGAUAAUACAAUACAUCUAGUAAAUGCUGAUCAUAUUGAAAACAAUAAAACUCCAAAAGAAAAUUUCCAUUGUAAAAAAAAGGAAUAUAUUCUUGAAGAUCAUGAGCAUUAUAAAAACCAGUCUUCAGAGGUUAAAUUAACUGAUAAUAACAAUAUACAAGAAGUGGAUUCAAUUCUAUCGAAUCUUUGUAAUUGCUUCAAUUGUGAAAGAAAACGAGGUAAUGUCUCAGAGGGCAUCUGGAAAUCAAUCAUCAAUGAAUCUUCAUUAACUGCUGCAAGAAUAUCAACUGGAGCCUUACCAAUGAUAAAUAAUUCUUCGAAACUAUCUUUAAAUUCUCAAAAUAACAAAUCGAAUUCUCAAGAUAAUUUAAUCAUAAAAGAAAAUUAUAAUAAUCAAUUUGUCAACAAUAUCGAUAGCAAUCAUUAUAUUAAUAUUAAUGAUAAUGACCCUACUGAAAAAAUUGAAAAUAUAGAUAAAUUUCAAAUUGAUGAAAAAGAGUCAAUAAAACAGAAAAUCAAAUUUUUUGAUAACAAUAAAAUAUCUAAUCUAAAAAAAAAUCAAAAUAAAAUUGAAAAAGUUGACAAAAUUGAAAAUUUUGAAGAUGUGAAUAAUGCUGAAAACAUUGAGAAUAUCAGAAACGUUGAGAUGGAUGUUUCCUCAAAGCCUGUUGAAUCAAGAACGCUUCAUUCCAUAUGGGAUUCAAAAGUUAAUUUAACAAUCAGCUCAAGGGUGAGACCUUCAACUCAAAAUUCAGAAUUUCCAACAGGAUCUGUUUACAGUGGUCUUUUUUCUAACUAUGCUUAUUCUGAUACUGAUAUAGAGGUACUGAAAGCAACGACAAAUAAAAUCAAUAGUGGGAAAAAUGAAAAUUUGACCUUUCAUAUAAGUAACUCAAUUAAACAAAGAAAUAGGUCUUCAAUCGAAGGUGAUAAAAUUGUAUUGAAAGAUUUAAAAAACGAUUUAUCUAUAAUUUAA